AUGAAGUGGCAUCCUGAUAGAAAUCCUAACUGUGAAAGCUGCCUUGCACGCUUCCAGUCUGUGGCGAAGGCCUAUGAGACUUUGGGAGAUCAGAACAAGAGGAAGGUUUAUGAUACUAAUAGAGGUGGUUACGACUCCAUACCAAGCGACUACUCUGCUCGGCUCACGAGUGAAAACUAUCAUAGCAUCAUGGACCACUCAGUUGACAUUUGGAUUGUCGAGGUGUAUUCGGACUUGGAUGAAUAUUGUCAUAGUAUAGCGCCAGCCUGGGAUGAGGUCUCAAGUGACCUCAAGGAGUACAUCAAAUUUGGGAGAAUCAACUCCCAUACUGAUCGGGCGUUGUUCAAGUCAUUGCCGAUAACUCCGAGGACAACUCCGACAAUCUUCCUCUUCAUGCCAGCCCAUCCCGAGAUCCCUCCUAGUUUGAUGCCGAUCGCUGAGAUCAAUCCAAGGACAUUGAAGAGGUACUUUGCUGUUUAA